UAUUAUUAAAAUUUGUUUUUUGUCAAAUCUAUUAUUAAAUUUAAAUCUGUAGAAUCCAAUUUUGUUGUGAUGAAUAUCACUGACAAACUUUUCAGAAGUAAUAAGGUGAUUAAGAUCAACAAAGAAUUUGAGGACGAGCACUUAGUCAAAUUUAUGACAAAGUUCUUUGUAUUCGCCGGGAUCUGGAAGUCAGGCAAUGACCACCAGCAUAAUUCAAUGGUGGCCAUUUUCAACCUGACAGUGUUAACUGUGGCCUUUCUUAGUAUUUCUUACAUGUUCAUUCUGAAAUACAACGACAUUGAUAUGAACACAGAGAUUCUGCUCCACUUUGUUGAAAUAUUCCACACAAUUUGUACCCAAAUCAUGCUAAUCUGGAAGAGACAGAACGUUGCUCGUUUGGCUGAGGUAUUCACUAUCUCCCUAGACCGAAUGGACCUGCCUGUCAAUGAUAGACAAAGUUGUGUUUUGAUCCUUAGAAAAGAACAAGAUUCUUUUUUGAGAGUGAUGAAAAUGGCGUUCGCAGCUAUAGUUUCUGUGUAUAUCAGCGUUAUCAUAGACUCAAAUGCAUUUUUGGUAUUUGGCAAUCAGAAGCUCCUAUAUCCUACUUGGUUCCCCUUUGACACUGAUGUUAAUCACAUAUGGUUUUAUUACCUGGCGGUCGUGUUCCAACUAUUGGUCUACAUUGAGUUGUUGUUUGUAGACUUGGCUGCUGUUGGGUUGUGGUACGGUACUAUCAACUCGGUCAGUGGUAUGCUUCAUAUUCUUGGUAUGUGUUUUCAGGAGGAAGAGGAACCCUCAGGAGCCAACAAAACCAAGUGUCUUGUUGACUUUCAUAAUCGGAUGAAAGAACUCAUUAAGGAUUUAAACUUGUCGGUUGGAAUCAUAUUUUUGGAAGUUGUUUUGACAAGCCAGAUUGCCAUAUGUUUCUGUGGAUUCCACGUCGUUCAGGCUAUCUACACAAGGGAAUCAACUCGAUUGUUUAAGUUUUUCAUCGGUGUUGGAGUUUUCACACUGAUGCUGUUUGUAUACUGUACUUCAGGACAGAAACUAAUAAAUAAGAGUGAAGAUCUCCACAACAAUCUAUACUUCUGUCAGUGGUAUGAACGUUCCAAAACAUUCAAGAGAACAAUUUACUUCUGUCAGACCAACACUAUGAGGCCUCUGGUCAUCGAUGGCACUCUUAUGAUCCCAGCCAACCUGCAAACCUUUGUCCAUGCAAGUAUCAGUAAAGAUAACACUGUUAUAGUUGUUGUUCAUAACACCAUCACCUUACACAGUAUACUGUACGCCAUGCAGCAUUUGUUAAGUCAUUAAACAUAACAGAACAAGUGCCUUUUCUCCAUAUAUAUAUACACUUAAAGAGUUUAUUUUUUAGGCAUUAUUAUUUAUUCUAAGUAGGAAGUAGCUCUGUAUAGAUGUUAGUUAUCCUAAUAUACACGUCAACAUCACAUACACUAAUUAUAGGCAGUGAUGUCGCUACCUUUUAAAAAACAUUAGGACAUAUGAGUUUUUUACCCACACAUGUAACAAAAUCAGCUAACUUGUGAACUGAAAAAGAAUACUGUCUUGUGCAAUGUAUUUUCUCUUAGAAGAGUUUAUAUUCAAAACUAAAUAUAAAUUUAAUCAUUCACUUAUUACAAUUUUUGAUCAUUACAACUUCACUGUGACAGCUAUUUAAUAACAUUGACAAGGCACUGAUGUGACUAUAUUUAUUUAGAAAGGUUGUUAUUUUCCUUGUAUUGUUUGUGAUUAUUUUCCUUGUGCACUUUGUGCUACAGAAUACAGAACUUUAAACAGUUUUGAUUAACAAUCUAUCUUUAUUAUAUAUAAUUGAUCUUUAGCCAAUAUAUUAUUAAUGAAUUGAAAGUAUUUUAUUUCUUUGAAAUGGACUCCCAGCAUUUGUUGUAUUUAAAUUUUGUUUUUUAAAGAUUAUUUUUUAACUAAUCAACUGAUUUCAAUCAAACUUUGGCCAGACCUUUCUGUUAAUAAGAUUUAUUUAUAUUUUACAAGAGUAACUAUGUGUAGCAAGUUUAAUGCAAAAUUUAGUGAUACUUUUUUUAAUUGAACAAAAAAUAAAGAAGAACAUCAGUAUUGUGCCAAUCCAGCACUCCACAUUUUGAAUGUUUACACAUUAUCCAAUAAUACAAAAAUAUUCAUAUGGUGGUUCCUAAUAUACCCCCUUCACCAAUAGAAAACAGACAGAAAAUUAUACAUGUUUUAAACAAAUGAACACACAUUUUUUCUUUAAACUUAGAAACAAUACACUAAAAUAUUGGGCAAGAGUUCUGGAACACUACGCCAGUUCAAUAAGGUGAUUUUAAAUAAUUUCUAGGAUAUUUAAAAUGAUUAAACAAACAUUAUUCUCUGUUUCAGUCGAUGGAAGCAGUAUUCUCAUAUCUGAACUUUCUUCUUGUUAUCAAGGAUAAAUCAUACAGAGCUGUGAACUGAGUACACAGCACAGACUUUUCACCCUCACAAUGUUGUAUUAGUGCAAUUGAUCUCUUAGAAUAGAAUUAAAUCAUGUACUAGAGUAAACAGUGGUCAAUACCACUGUUAUUUCUUCAGUUUUUAAUUCACCAACAGUCUGAAAAUCAUGUAAUGACAAUGAAAUAAAAGCACUAUAUAACUGGAA